AUGGAAGUAACGUCAACUUUAUUAAAAAAAAGUCAAAUGUUUGCAGAUGAUUCAUCUGAUGGAUUUCCUACAACAAAAAAAUUUUUUGUUUCAUCAAUCGGAAAGGCUCAUUUAAUAAAUUCACUUUAUGGAAUUGGCUACACAAUACAGAUAGCUAUGCUUCCUUACCUGCUAAUAAAUUCCAAUGCCGGAAUUGAACACAAUGGAUAUUUGUUAACUUUAUUUUCUCUAUUGCAAUUUGUUGGGUCUAUAUUUUUUGGACGAAUAGCAGAUAUAUGGGGAGUAAAGAAAUCCUUUUAUUUGUCUUUGUUAUCUUCUAGUAUGAUGUAUUUAAUGCUAACUGUAUGCAGAUCUGUUUUGGGAUAUUAUAUCAGUUUUUUUCCAUCUUUUUUUAUGCAAACAUUUCAAGUUUCGUCACUUUUAGUUUGUUUAAAAACUGAAAAUGAUAAAAGGACAGCAGCUAUUGGGUAUUUAAAUUUAAGUUAUGGGAUUGGUAUAAUAAUGGGAAGUAUUUUAGCGGGUAUGUUGGUAAAUAUAUUAGGACCAAAAGGAAAUUUAUUUGUUGCUUUUUUAUCUCAAAUAUUAGCAUUAUAUAUUUCAAAAAGUUUAGAAGAAGAUCCUAAAUUAUUAAUUAAUAAUAAUAUCGAAAAAAUAAAAUUAAAAGAAUUAUUUAAAACUGCCCAAAAUGAAUGUACAAGAUUAUUCAAAUUAUUUAAAAAAACAUAUGGAAUUUGUUUAUUAAUAUUAUUUGGCUUGUUACCUAUAUUAAUGACUAAGUUUGCUUUUGCUCCAGUUGUUGUAGAUAUGUUCAAGUUAACACCUGCACACACAUCAUAUUUAAUGACUUAUGCAGGUAUUAUUACAAUUAUAGCAGAAGGUUUAUUAGCCCCAUAUUUAAGUUCAUUAUUAGGUGAUAUGAUUUGUUGUAAAUUUGCAAUACCUUUAACAUUGUCAGGAUUUUUAUUAUUAUCUUUAUGUGGUGCAAAUGAAAUUUUCGUCCUUUUAUUUAUGACCAUUCCCUUAUGUGGUGGUGCUUUAUUAUAUAUAUGUGGAACUAGCCAAAUGACAAAACGAGUUGACGAGUCAGAACUUGGAUCAAUCAUAGGUUUAAAUACUUCCAUUUUUUAUGCCGUUACAAUAAUGGCUCCCUAUUUGGCAUUUAAGUCUUACAUUGCCUUAGGAUUGGGGCUAUAUUGGCUGCUAUGUGCUUUCAUUUGUUUUGUCAUCACAAUAUACAUUUUUGUAUUAGAUCAAUCGACGCUGAAAAUUUUUGAAAACGAUGCGGAUAGUUUAGAGACCAUGUUUUCUAGUAUAAAACUAUCAUUGUAG